UGACAUCAGCAGGACGUGUGUGUCGCUGACGUUUUAGCCUGAAUGAUGUCGUCUGACAUCAUUAAAUCGUCUCUAUUUUUUCCUAUAGGACAUCUUCCAGCAGAUCCGAGUUAGUCUUCACAGACACCCAGCAAGACGAGCACAAGAACACAAGCGCCACACGUUACUGGAAAAACAAAAAGUUUUCUCAGAAUGUCCCACGUUGAAGAAUUUCAAGAGGUGGAUGUUUCCACUGAAGAACUGAAACAAAUCACAGAGAGACUUAUGGAGCAAAACGACGCUUUGAACAAACAUGUUGAGAACAUUUGCAAGAAAUUGCAAAAAAGGAAAGACUUGGAUGCUUCACACAAAGACCUGAAAAAAUCACGGAAAGCUGCUAUCAAGGAAAACAAAAGACUGGUGAAGCAGGUGGAGAGUCUAAGAGUGGACGUUGAAAAGCAGACCCACGUGGAACAAAUGUGUGAAGAGGAGAGGAUAAAAACCUCUCAGGUCUCUGAAAGUAACCAGGAGCUGAGGACAGUAAUUGAAGCACUUCAGUCCAAACUUCAGCAACUGAAAGAAAUGAAAAAAGACAUUUCUGGCUUCAAGUCUGAACAAAAAAUUCUGGAACAAGAGAAGCGAGCUCUGCAAUCUCAACUGAAGAAACUCCAGAAAAAGAUUGACCGCAAAGCACACCUGGAACCGGAUUUGAAAAAAGAAUUUGAUGACUUCCAGGCUUUGACUCAACAAACUGAGGAACUAAGGCAAAGCCUUCAGGAGUUGCAAAACCAAAAUGAGGAACAGAAGAGGAUGGAAGAGAACUAUCCUUCAAUGACACAAGAACGGUUACAACUCACAGAUCUGAAGGCUCAACUGGAAAAAGAGAUUUCUGAUCAGAGACAGCAGAAGGAGGAAACACGUCAGCUGAUUGUUCGACGUGAGGAGGAGAAGAGACAACUGGAAUUGCUUCAAGAACAAACAAACGUUCUCACAGCAGAAAGAAACGCUCUGACAGAAGAACUGAAACACCGAGAAGCUCUGGAGUCUGAAUGUAACGAGAAACAAGCAGAAACAAACGACUUGGUGAUACAAUUUUUCAACCUUGAACUCAAUGUUGCGGAGCUGAAGAGAAUUAUUUCAGCGUUUGACGAGGUGAAAGAAAAACUCAAGGUUGCAAAAGAGGAAAAUUUGAAGAAAAAGAAUCAAAUAGACCUUUACUGCAAAGAAAUCCAAGACCUGAAGGUUCAGAUACAAGCUCCACAACAGGAAGUCGCUGCUCUAAAGACAGAAAUCAAAGAUCUCCAGGAGAAAAAUAAGGAACUGAAAGAGGUUCAAGCUGAAUAUCAGAGAAUCUCUGAAGAAAAGUCCAAACUGGAAGAUAAGAAGAAGCAGCUUCAGGAGGAGGUUUCUCAUCUGAAACAGCAGCAAGAGGACGUUUGUAAACUGGCAGGUCAAUAUAACAAGGUACUAGACAAACUAGGACCCCUUCGAGAGGAAACUAAGGACCUCAAAGAUGAAAAAGACAUGCUGACUGAUCUUCUGAAACAGCGGCAACUUCUGGAGGCUGACUACGAGGAGAUAAAAGCAGAAACUGACCAUGUGGCAGAAGAAAACUUCAACCUUCAUGUUGAAGUUGAUGAUCUGCAUAAGAAGAUUUCAAAUUUGAAACAUAUGAAGGAGAGAGUGGUAGAAGCAAAGGAGACAAAUUUGAAAGCAAAGAAAGAACAGGAGCUUCUCCAGAAGCUAAUCCAAGACCUGCAGGUUCAGAUACAAGCUCCCCAACAGGAAGUCGCUGCUCUAGAGACAGAAAUCAAAGAUCUCCAGAAGGAAAAUAAGGAACUGAAAGAGGUUCAAGCUGAAUAUCAGAGAAUCUCUGAAGAAAAGUCCAAACUGGAAGACAAGAAGAAGCAGCUUCAGGAGGAGGUUUCUCAUCUGAAACAGCAGCAAGAGGACGUUUGUAAACUGGCAGGUCAAUAUAACAACGUACUAGACAAACUAGGACCCCUUCGAGAGGAAACUAAGGACCUCAAAGACCAAAAAGAAAUCCUGACUGAUCUUCUGAAACAGCGGCAACUUCUGGAGACUGACUAUGAGGAGAUAAAAGCAGAAACUGACCACGUGGCAGAAGAAAACUUCAACCUUCAUGUUGAAGUUGAUGAUCUGCAGAAGAAGCUUCAUGCCUUGGAUGAUGUGAACGACAGAGUUUUAAAAGCGAAGGAGGAAAAUUUGAAUGAAAAACAUGAACAUGACCUUCUCCAAAAGGAACUCGAAGACCUGCAGGUUGAGCUGACAGGAAGAAGAGACGAAUGAAAACGAGAGGGACAGAUUUGACCUGGAAGACCUGAAAAGCAAACUGGAAAUGAAGGUUUCAGAUUUGAGCCUGAACCAGAACAAAGAUCCAGGGUUUUCCUCCAACACGCAAACUAAUGUUUAGAAAAGGGGCAAAUGGGUAAUUGGAGGGUGGGGCUGAUUUUACAGCAUUAGCUUUACUUAAAAUGUUUUUUUAAUUUGUUUUAGUUGUUAGUUGUUGUUUUAUGUUUUUAUUAGUUUUUAUCAAAUGUUAUCUAUGGUAGUAGUUGUUGCUAUCUUGCCUUUAGUUUUAGUCAUGUUUAUUGUAUUAGAACUUGAGUAGGAAGGGAAAAAAAACAGUAAACAGAUGGUUGGUGGGAUAUGGAAAUUCUUCUUAUUUUUUUAAUUUUAUUUUAAUUAACCUGUUUUGGCUUUGUGAUUCCUGUGCUAUCCCGGGAUAUAAGGAACAUGUGUGUAAGUGUUAGUGUAUGUGGGGGUGUGGAGGGUUAUGGCGUAACCCCCAUGAAGUCUCCUCUUCCCUAACAAGAAACUUCACUGGUUAGGGAGGAGACCUCAGGGGGGUAUGCGACUCUUAAAUGCCCCGCCGCCGCCACAGACACACGCAAACCCAUCCCAUCUCCCAGUGUAGCACAAGAGCAAAUUUGUCUAAAUCAGAUCUGAUGUAAAAAAAAAAAAAAAA